CGCCGCCUCCGCGCCCGGCCGCCGCCCGACCGCCAUCGCCCGGCCCAGUCGCGCCCGCGGAACCAGACCAGGCAGAUCAGGAGCGGUGCCGAGAAAAAUUUCCUUACUAGAUGACAUUUCAUCGCAAUGUCCGAUCGUUUGGGGCAAAUAACCAAGGGCAAGGAUGGGAAAAGCAAGUAUUCGACUCUCAGCCUGUUUGAUAAGUAUAAAGGAAAAUCAGUAGACGCGGUCAGAUCCUCAGUUAUUCCUAGACAUGGCUUACAGAGUCUCGGGAAGGUUGCCACAGCCCGGCGCAUGCCACCGCCUGCAAACCUGCCAAGCUUGAAGUCUGAGAACAGAGGAAACGACCCCAACAUCGUUAUAGUUCCCAAGGACGGGACGGGAUGGGCAAACAAGCAGGAUCAGCAAGACCCAAAGAGUUCCAGUGUGACGGGCUCUCCGCCGCCGGAGUCGCUGCCGCAGCCGGGUUUGCAGAGGCCUGUCUCCAGCUUACAGAAGCCGACACAGCCGAGCAGCCAGGAGAACACAAAUUCAGUGCCAGGUGGACCAAAGUCAUGGGCACAGCUGAAUGGAAAGCCAGCAGGACACGAAGGUGGUUUAAGGGGCUCAAGCCGACUGUUAUCCUUCUCUCCCGAGGAGUUUCCGACGCUGAAAGCAGCUGGAGGGCAGGACAAGGCUGGCAAGGAAAGGGGCGUCUUCGAUCUGUCGUAUGGGCCAGGACCAAGCCUCCGCCCUCAGAAUGUGACAAGCUGGAGGGAGGGCGGUGGGCGAAACAUAAUUUCUGCCACGUCUCUGAGCGCCUCCCCAACUGAGCUGGGCAGCAGGAACUCGAGUGCGGGAGACGGAGCCCCCUCCUCGGCAUGUACCAGCGAUUCUAAGGACCCCUCUCUCCGCCCGGCUCAGCCUGUCCGAAAAGGGGCUUCACAGUUCAUGGGAAAUGUAUACCACCCACCUACAUACCAUGACAUGCUUCCUGCUUUUAUGUGUUCACCGCAGUCAUCAGAGAACCAGGGUACAGUGGAACGAGGAUCUUUUCCCCUUCCCCAGCUCCGUCUUGAACCCCGUGUUCCCUUUAGACAAUUCCAGAUGAAUGACCAAGAUGGAAAAGAAAACAGGCUGGGAACAACUCGCCCCAUCCGCCCGCUGAGGCAGCUGGUGGGACGGGCGCCGCGGCCCACCAUCAUCAAUGCGGAAAACCUGAAGGGCCUGGAUGACCUGGACGCUGACGCUGAUGACGGCUGGGCAGGCCUUCAUGAGGAAGUGGACUACUCAGAGAAACUGAAGUUCAGUGAUGAUGAAGAGGAGGAAGAAGUUGGGAAGGAUGGCAGGCCUAAGUGGAGCAGUUGGGACCCCAGACGGCAGCGGCAGUUGUCAAUGAGCUCUGCAGACAGUGCUGAUGCCAAACGUCCCCAAGAGGAAGGAAAGGACUGGGGCGAAACAGUGGGUGUGACCCGUGUCGUCCGGAAAGUGCCAGAACCUCAACCACCUUCCAGGAAACUUCACAGCUGGACAUCCGGCCCUGACUACCAGAAGUCCUCGAUGGGCAGCAUGUUCCGGCAACAGUCUGUUGAGGACAAAGAGGACAAGCCACCCCCACGGCAGAAAUUUGUGCAGUCAGAGAUGUCGGAGGCUGUGGAGCGAGCCCGAAAACGCCGGGAGGAGGAGGAGCGCCGAGCCCGCGAAGAGAGGCUGGCUGCCUGUGCCGCCAAGCUCAAGCAGCUGGACCAGAAGUGUAAGCAGGCUCAGAAGGCGGGCGAGGCCCAGAAGCCUGUAGAGAAGGAAGUACCUCGAUCUCCAGGCACCGAGAAGCUGCCGCCACAGGAGAAUGGCCCUGCUGUGCGCAAAGGCUCUCCUGAGUUCUCUGCCCAGGGAGCCACCAACACGUUUUUGGAAGAAGCCCCGAUGGUUCCUCCAGCUGUGGCCCAGAGUGGCAGCAGUGAGGAGGGAGCCAGGGAGGCUGGGUCCCCUGCACAGGAGUUCAGCAAGUACCAGAAGUCACUUCCUCCCAGAUUCCAGCGCCAGCAGCAGCAGCAACAGCAGCAGGAGCAGCUGUACAAAAUGCAGCACUGGCAGCCGGUAUACCCUCCACCUUCCCACCCACAGCGCACCUUCUACCCUCACCAUCCCCAGAUGCUGGGUUUCGAUCCCAGGUGGAUGAUGAUGCCUUCCUACAUGGACCCACGAAUCCCGCCCACUCGCCCCCCGGUGGAUUUCUACCCCUCUGCCCUCCAUCCCUCAGGAUUGAUGAAGCCGCUGAUGCCCCAGGAUUCCCUCAGUGGGACUGGCUGUCGCUCUGAGGACCAGAACUGUGUGCCCUCACUGCAAGAAAGGAAAGUGGCCACCCUCGACCCAGCCCCCGUGUGGAGCCCCGAGGGUUACAUGGCACUGCAGAGCAAGGGCUACUCGCUUCCCCAGCCAAAAUCGAAUGACACUUUGGCCAUGGACAUGCAUGUCAGGAAUGAAAGCUCUUACUCUGCCUCACCCGGAAGGUCAGGGGGCGUAGGUGCCCAGCGCGAUCUCCUUGAGGAGAGAGGGGAGGAGUUCUUGAGUGCUUUUGACAAGAAGGCCCAAGCAGACUUUGACAGCUGUGUCUCUUCUCAAAGAAUAGGCCAGGAGCUUUUGUUUCCACCCCAAGAAAAUGUUCAGGAAGCAGGUGCUCCUGGGCGUCACACCCCAGACCUCAGGUGUUCCCCACUGGAGCCCGACUUUGCCCCAGCUGAGAAAAAGCAAGAGUAUAGCAAUUGGGAUGUUAGCCAUCCAUCAGAGGCCACCGACACAGUCAACGGCAUCGAGAAAGGGGCACUGCGGGAGGAGCCGUCGUUUAACGUCUCUUCCUGGGAGAAGGAAGGGAGCCCCAACAAACAGCCGUCCCUGGAGCCCGAGUGGACAUCCGAGCCCCGGGGCCCCGGCAGCCAGCAGCAGGAGCAGACCAGCAGGACGCGGAGGUCAGGACCCAUCAAGAAGCCUGUCCUGAAAGCCCUCAAGGUAGAGGACAAGGAGAAGGAGCUUGAGAAGAUGAAGCAGGAACUGGGGGAGGACAGUGCCCGUGUGGCUAAGGAGAAGGGGCCGGUUCGCACGGCGGACAAGGACGAGGAUGAAGAGAACGACCCCGCGCUGGCCAAUUCCUCCCCCUCCCCCUUGGAGGACCAGGGCUCUGCUCGAGCUAGUUUGGGCCGCGAGGCCAGCAGGUGCGAAGAGGACGAGAAGCCCGACAGGGCCUGGGAGAGCAGACCCUCCCGGGAGUCGAGCGACACUCCCCCGACGAAGAGGAACAACUGGAUCUUUAUCGACGAGGAGCAAGCCUUUGGGGGCCGAGGACAGGCCCGGGGCCGGGGCCGUGGCUUCCGAGAGUUCACCUUCCGCGGGCGGCCUACGGGCGGCCCCAGCCUCUGCGGCGGGGGGGUGCUCGGGGCGCGGGGCAUCUACAGCAGCGGCCAGAGGAGCGGCCGUGGCCGGGGGCUGCGGGACUUUGGGCAGCCCGAAGACUUCCCUAGGGCCAAGCCGCGGCGGCGGAUCGCCAGCGAGACGCACAGUGAGGGCUCCGAGUACGAAGAGCUUCCAAAGCGGCGGCGGCAGCGAGGCUCGGAGAACGGGAGCGAAGGCUCGCUUCUGGAGCGCGAGGGCAGCACCCUGAGGAAGGGCGACUUCAGGGACUCCUGGCGCUCCAAUAAGGUGUGCUCCGAGGACCCCGGCGGCCCCGAAGCCAAGAGCCGAGGCCCUCGCACCUUCGGUCGGGCGCUCCCUCCGCGGCUGAGCAGCUGCGGCUAUGGGCGGAGAACCUUCGUGUCCAAAGAGGCCACCCACUGGCAGAGCAAGAGCCCUGGUGCCUCCUGGCCGGAGUAUGGCUCCCCGGACACGUGCGGGUCCCGGCGACCUGCAGACAGAGACUGUGUCCCCGAUGCCUACAGACACUCGGACUCAUUUGGUGCCAGGGCCUUCGAGGACAGCCGCCCAGAGGACAAGAGGCCCUUCUUCCCUGAUGACCACGCAGCCGACUCAGAGGGCGCAGAGAACCGGCCCUUCCGGAGGAGGCGCCCUCCACGCCAGGACAAGCCUCCGCGCUUCCGGCGCCUCCGACAGGAGCGGGAAUCCCUGGGCCUGUGGGGGCCUGAGGAGGAGCCCCACUUGCUGGCAGGGCCAUGGCCAGGCCGGCCCAAGCUCUGCCCUGGGGACAAGAGUGGGUCCCCUGAGCUCUCAUACCAGAACUCGUCUGAUCACGCCAACGAGGAAUGGGAGACAGCCUCUGAGAGCAGUGACUUCAGUGAGAGGCGGGAGCGGCAUGAGGGCCCCGGGGUCGAGCCCGACCCGCAGGUGGACGGUAGCCUGCCUGGGGCUGCCGUGGGCGAGAAGAAGGAGCUGGCCAAGAGGAGCUUCUCCAGCCAGAGGCCCCUGGCCGACAGGCAGAGCCGAAAGCUGGAGCCGGGGGGGUUUGGGGAGAAGGCCGUUAGGCCAGGUGGUGGUGACACUUCUCCCCGUUAUGAGAGCCAACAGAAUGGGACGCCUUUGAAAGCCAAAAGGUCCCCAGAUGAGGCCUUGCCUGGAGGUCUUGGUUGCAGCGGUGGGAGCAGCCACUAUGCCCUGGAGCGGGCAGCCCAUGCCACAUCGGACAUCCCCGAAGCCUCCUGUGAGAAGGCAGAGAAGGAGGCCAAGCUGGCUGCUCAGAGGGCGGGUGAACAGGGAGAAACCAUGAAACAGUUUGACCUGAACUAUGGAAAUUCCAUCAUUGAAAACUGCGGGUCCAGCCCUGGGGAGGAAAAUGAGGUAGGCCCCAUGGCGGGUGAAGGUUUCAUCGAGGUCCUAACCAAGAAGCAGCGCCGUCUGCUGGAAGAAGAGAGGAGGAAGAAGGAGCAGGCUGUACAGGUGCCUGUCAAGGGGCGAAGUCUUUCCUCCCGUAUUCCUCCUCGCUUUGCUAAAAAGCAAAACAACUUGUGCCUGGAGCAGAGUGACGUGACUGUGCCCGGAAGUAGCCUGGGCACUGAGAUUUGGGAGAGCAGCAGCCAGGCCCUCCCUGUUCAGGCUCCAGCCAACGACUCAUGGACAAAAGCCGCCACUGCCUUCAAUAGCACCGAGCCCGGCUCUGCUGAGCAGGGUUUUAAGAGCAGCCAGGGGGACAGCGGCGUUGACCUGAGUGCUGAGUCUCGGGAGUCGUCUGCGACCUCCUCACAGCGCAGCUCCCCGUACGGCACUCUGAAGCCGGAGGACAUGAAUGGGCCUGGCCUGGAGCCCAAGGCCGACAGCCACAAGGAGCAGGCUCAGAAACAGCCUGAGCCGAAGGAUUCAGAACAAGGCUCAGGACAGAGCAAGGAGCACAGACCAGGACCCAUCGGCAAUGAGCGUUCUCUGAAAAACAGAAAGGGCUCAGAGGGGGCUGAGCGGCUGCAGGGGGCUGUCGUCCCGCCUGUUAAUGGGGUUGAGAUUCACGUGGACUCUGUGCUGCCGGUGCCGCCCAUUGAAUUUGGAGUCAAUCCAAAAGACUCCGAUUUCAGCUUGCCACCUGGUUCUGCCUCUGGUCCGGCGGGAAAUCCGGUUGUCAAACUUCAGGAUGCCUUGGCCAGUAAUGCGGGGUUAACACAGAGUAUUCCCAUCCUCCGGCGCGACCAUCACAUCCAGAGGGCCAUUGGCCUCUCCCAGAUGUCCUUCCCCACCGCCGACCUCACCCUGAAGAUGGAGUCUGCACGCAAGGCUUGGGAAAAUUCACCCAGUUUGCCAGAGCAGAGCUCUCCUGGAGGCGGGGGCUCAGGCAUCCAGCCCCCGUCAUCUGUGGGAGCCUCCACCGGGGUGAACUAUAGCUCCUUCGGGGGAGUUUCCAUGCCGCCCAUGCCUGUGGCCUCGGUCGCGCCUUCUGCUUCUCUCCCAGGCAACCACCUGCCGCCUCUGUACCUGGAUGGCCAUGUGUUUGCAAGUCAGCCCCGGCUGGUUCCUCAAACGAUACCUCAGCAGCAGAGUUACCAGCAGGCUGCCGCUGCCCAGCAGAUCCCUCUUUCCCUUCACACAUCUCUGCAGGCUCCAGCCCAGCUGGGACUGAGGGGCGGGCUUCCCGCCUCCCAGGCUCAGGAGAUCUUCAGCUCCUUACAGCCCUUCAGAUCUCAGGUGUACAUGCAUCCCAGCCUGUCACCACCCAGCACCAUGAUCCUCUCUGGAGGCACAGCCUUGAAGCCUCCAUACUCGGCGUUCCCAGGCAUGCAGCCCUUAGAGAUGGUGAAGCCCCAGUCCGGCUCCCCCUACCAGCCCAUGAGUGGAAACCAAGCCCUGGUCUACGAGGGCCAGCUGGGUCAGGCUGCGGGCCUAGGCGCCUCCCAGUUGUUGGACUCCCAGCUCCCACAGCAGCUGACGAUGCCGCUGCCUGGCUCCCAGCUGCCUCUGCCGCGGUACGGCUCCGGGCAGCAGCCUCUGAUUCUACCACAGUCCAUCCAGCUGCCACAGGGGCAGAGCCUCUCUGUCGGGGCCCCCCGAAGAAUCCUUCCACCCGGCUCCCAGCCUUCGGUCCUUAACACCAGCAGAGAGUCCUCUCAGAUGGAGAUGAAGGGCUUCCACUUUGCCGACAGUAAACAGAAUGUUCCUUCAGGAGGCUCUGUGCCAUCACCCCAGACUUACAGGCCUAGCUCUGCUAGCCCCAGUGGGAAGCCCUCUGGAUCAGCAGUUAACAUGGGCUCUGUGCAGGGACACUACGUUCAACAGGCCAAACAACGAGUGGAUGAAAAAGCCAGCCUGGGAGCCGUGAAGCUGCAGGAAGCCCCCUCCGCCACCUCCCAGAUGAAGCGAACUGGAGCAAUCAAGCCUCGGGCGGUCAAGGUGGAAGAGAGCAAGGCCUGAAGGUGCUGGGCCACGCCUCGCCCCCCUGAGCGCAGGGCUGCCGCUCGGCCCUGACCUCUGACGCAGCCAGACACGCGGACAUCUUGGAGAUCCACCGUCCAACCACCUGGCCCGGACUGAGAGACCUUCCUUCCCUUGUCCACUCCUGAAAGCUCCAUUGUCCGACCAGCUUGCCCCCGUGGAUAUGUGGCAUUGACCUGCUCGCUUUAAUAUGAAGCAAACAAGCAAGCAAACUGACCCUGUC